AUGGAGUCAGAGGAUCAGUAUUUCCACCUUCUGCCGGAGCUCCGGCAGCUCAUGCUUCUUAGCUCGAAGCCACCCAUCUUCCCCGCCGCCGCUUCAGACCAUCUCUACUCCUUAUCUCCUCCGCUUCCAUCUCCACCACUUCCACAUCCGCCGUUCAUUUCCGCUGUCAACGGCGGGGUAUCCUCUUCCCAGAGCCGCUGGCCGAGACAGGAGACUCUCACCCUUCUUGAGAUUCGUGCCCGGCUCGAUCCUCAGUUCCGGGAGGCUGGCCAAAAGGCUCCGUUAUGGGACCAGGUAGCGAGGAUAAUGGCAGAGGAGUACGGGUAUCAAAGAAGCGGGAGGAAAUGCAGAGAAAAACUCGACAAUCUCUAUAAAUAUUACAAAAAGACCAAAGAAGGCAAAAUCGGAAAACACGAAGGAAAACACUACAGGUUUUUCCGGCAACUGGAAGCACUCUACAGCCCCUCCACCACCACCACCGCCGCCACUAUCAUCAAAAGCUCCAAUCCAUCUAUUGCUAAAAAACUGAACUUGCUUGAAAACCAGAACACUCUUCUCUUCUCGACUUGGUCUGAGUCCUCUGCCGAAGAAGAAGAAGAAGAAGAAUACAGCAGAACAAAGAAUUGGAUUACAGAGCUGGUAGAAGCUCAAAUGAAGAGAUUGUUGGAGAUGCAAGAGGCUUGGUUUGAGAAAAUGAUGAGAAGUUUUGAGCGAAUGGAACAGGAGAGAGUUCGCCGAGAAGAGAGUUGGAGAAGGGAGGAGGCCGAGAGGCAUGAGAAAGAAAGGCGUCGGCUGGCGAGUGAACGAGCGUGUUCGGAAAAGAGAGAAGCUGCACUUAUUAUGGCGCUGGAGAAGAUUAUUCAGCAGAGAGAGAGCUUGGGCCCGGCAAUGAUGGUGCGCGGCGGAGAAGAGCGAGAAGAGAUGGAAUGUGAUUUAAGCCGUGCUAUGGGUGUGUUGUGAAGAAAUUUUAUCUGGUGAGGGGUUUGAUUACGCUCAUGUUUGCAUGUCGAGGAUUAGUGCCGGAAGUGAUCUCUUUGACCAAAAUAAUAAUAAUAAUAAUAACUAUAUACAUUUUCAUCAUUUUAUAUAUGUUAAUUAUGA